AUGGAGGUGUCCACCUUCUUCACCCGCCUCCUCGCGGCUCCAAAGCCCGCCGCGGCCGUCGACGCUCCUGACAACCUCCCCGCAUUCGACGCCGCUUGGCAGGCAGUCCGCCAGACACUCGAGCACCCCGAUGAGCGACAGCUCGCCCGCGGCAUCGCUUCGACAGACGUCCCGCGUAACCUGAAGCAUAUCGUCGAUGCACUUGUUUACGAGUCAAACAGGACAGACGAGGAUACGACUGGCGCUUGUCUCGAGUACUUCCUCCGACAUGACAUGCUCGGCCAGCUCGAGCGGCUGUGCCAGACAAACCGGCCAAGGGGUAUCAAGGACGAGGUCGUGCGCGCCGCCAACAACCUGGUCGUGCUCAUGUCGGAGCGCUUUCUUGUACACAACGCCGUCCACCGACCACUCCGAAGACUGAUCCGGUCAUGCGUCGGUGAUGCACCGAGUGAAAGGGUCGACGGCGCAGCGCGGGUGGUCGGUGCUGCUGCGAGCGGAGACGAGUUCGAGGACUUCAUGGACUUCGAGGAAGACCUCGUCGACCUCAUGUGCAUCCUGUGCUCGCGCUUGAGAGCAUACCCGCCGCUCCUGUUGAUCUUCUUCCAUGACCGCGGCUGGCUCGUCCCGCAUACUUCGAGUGGCGCGCCCAACAUGCCCUCAAUGGGCGCCGCCAUGUCUUCUCCGCUUGCCAGCAGGACGAUGUCAACACCACCGCGAAACACCACGCCGAACGUAAACAACAGCAUCCUGUCGCCCGUCAGGAUGGAACGAACAUUAUCCCCUUCUCCGUCUAUUGCUACAGGGCGCUCCGGGCGCUCAGCAAGAUCUGGAGAGACAUCGAUGAGCGACCCGAGUAACACUCAUUUCGAAUUCCUCCUCUUCCGAUAUCUGCUCCGCUUCGUACAUCGCGAAGGUAGGAUAGGCGACUUUGCGCGCGCUGGUCUGCUCUUCCUCUUCGACAUUGCGUUCCUCGCUCCCGGCGAUGAAGGUGGAGAUACGCUCGCGAUGGCCCCGGUCGGAGGACAGGACCCAUUACAGGACGCUAGAGACGCCAUGGCCGAGUACAUUCUCGACUCAGACUUUGCGGAUAUCAUGGCCGCGGGCCUCGGCGCGACGUACUCCAUCCUUCCGACCAAAUUGCGCGUUCCCAGCCUGGCGGAGCAGGUUCGCUCUGAUCCCGAUGCAGCGGACGGCUCGAUGUACCUCGGAGCUGGGGAGAAGAGUGACAGCCAGCAGAAUGAGUACGACGACGACGAUAUCAUCGAGUCGAACGACAUUGAUGUCCACGCCCAGCUUGACUUGCUCCUGCGACUGUUCGGCUUUUUGCAGGACAUCCUGUACCGGUGCCACUCGCCGCUGCUGUACGCCGACCCAGGAGCGGAGGUAACGUCGACACAGGUUCUGGGACCUGCGGUCGCGAACGCUACGCUGGAGGCGUUGCAGAAGACGUUCGUCGACAACGUCCUGUAUCCCUCGAUUCUAGAGUGCAGCCCAAACGAUGGCAGCUCAGUCGCGAUCCUCACAUACCUCGACGUUCUGCUUUCGAACCUCGAGGACGGACCUAUUCUGCAUCGCAUUCUGGACGUACUCAUGGACGCCAAUGCCCCACCACCAUCGCUUGCGUCACCGAAACGCAAGAAGCAGCGCAAGACCGGUGCGAUGGCUUACGUUGCCCCGUUCGCACCUGUGGCGCAAGGCAAUUACUUUUCGACCGAGGAGCGCUUUACGCUGCGCGACCUGAUACUCGACAACCUGCGCUCUUCCUCUGAGGCGUCGGCUGCGGCCGCCCUCCACCUCACCGCCACUCUCCUUUCCGACCACUGCAGGCAUGUCACCUCUAAGCUGCUUGUCAUUGUGCGCGAGCCCUCGGCGACGGCUCUCGCUCGCCCUUCUCUUCCCCCGCCAGAAACCGAGACCUGGCAAUCUACCCUCCCCCCGCCUGUUACCUCCACCGACGCCCACCUUCAGGAGCCGGAGCUGUACAGCGGCCUGAUCCCGAAACUCGACGACGUUAUCCAGAGCAGCCACGAUGUUAUUGGCUUCGCGUCCUAUCUGGCUGACGCCGAGGCGUUCCUGGAGGCAGACGGGUGCUGGCGGUCGUCUCGUGUGCCGCUCGAGUUCGUGAACGACGACGGACACCCUACUUUACUCCGAGUAGGCGAGUACGACUCGGACCCGCUGCAGCAUAAGCUGUCUCCGUCUGACCCGCUGGUGCGGCAGCUCAUGCAGCAGCUUGGCGAAUGGUUCGCGUCUCCGCCAGACCGCAACGUCGCGCUGACGGGUGCGAUUUCCGCAGUGGCUCGGUGCCCGCACCGGUCUCUGACAGGAUGGCUGCUGUACGAUGUGCCGCGGGAAGCUGACCCGUGGGAUGAGACCGUCAGUGUGUCCUCGGACGACUCGAUUGGCGAGAUCCAGCGCUCUGGUGUGCAGUCGCGUUCUGACGACCCGUUCAGCCACGUCACGCUGCCGGCGCUGUACCAGAUCCUGCGCCAGCUCGUAAAGCAGGUCGGCGCCUUCCGGAGUCUGGACGGCUUCGACCGACUGCUCGCCGAGCGGCGGCAGGGCUUGCUCUUCGCGGACCACUUAGAGGAGUCGAUGACGCUGAUGGCGGAGGAGGCGCCGGAUAUGACGCCGAAGCAGAAAGGCGGCCUCGCCAAGCUGAAAGCGCUCUGGAAUAGUCCGGGCUUAAAGCGCAAGGUGUCUGGUGUACCUCCGCCUGCCGCCACUCCGCCAUCGGCGCCAAGCACGCCGUCGCGCCCUCCGGGAAGCCGCCGGGGGACGAUCUCCACCCCUCCGCUGGCGCGCACGCCAAGCCACGCCAGCACCAACGGCCCCGGUACGCCGGGCACGCCGUCUCCUGCCCCGCCUCUCCCACCUCCCCCACCAUUCAAGACGCACUACGCCGGCACCUCUGGCGCCGUCGACGUCUCAGCAGCCCAGCCACCGCAACAGGGCCCUUGGGCCGGGGAAGCGAAGGACACUCUGGGCCUGACGCUAGGCGAUCUUUCGUUGUCAGCGGCAAGCGUAUCGGGCGAGACGAGCACGACGGAAACGGACAGCGCAGUCGCGCCCGAGCGCCGUCUGCCCGAACGCAUGAGCCUGACGAGCGUGCUCGACAACUGCAUUGUGCUCGAGGAACUCGUCAAGGAGCUCGUGGCCGUCAUUGUCGCGCGGCGCGCAAUGGGCAUCGACCAGGUCGGAUACGUCUGA